UCCGGUAACCGGUGGCUGGUCUUGGCAACUAUUUGGGGAGUGGAAUAAAUUAUUUUGGCGAGAAAAGCAAAUAAGCUUUUCGAAGUAUUUAUUUUAGUUCCUCCUUUAAGUCCAGCCCAUUGGCAGUAUACUCGACCCGCUCGCUGCCGCAUGUUGCACAUGCUGUUAACCACCAACCACCUAACAGAAACUUCCGAGGGACAUCUCAAUGCACCACAAAAGAUACAUUUACUUUCGGGACUUUCUAUGAGCUGACUCACCAGGACAGACACCGCAGAAGGGAAGGGCAUUUGGAAAUCAGUAAACGGGAUCUGUUUUUUUUUUUUUUCAUUGCUGUGGUUCUUUUAGUAAAGGUGUUGCUGUUUGGCGAAAUCAGUAUGUGGGUCUUCAUAUUCUGCGGCUUAAUAGCGUUUACAGGAAAGGCUGUGAGUUCUUCCUGUCCAGUUAAGCUGAGCUCUCCCACAUCUGUGGUGAGAUAUAAGGACCCGUUCUCUGCCAACUGCAGCUCAUCAUCCGACCAGGUAGAGGGAAUGGGCUGGGAGUCUACAAACGGAGGUGUACCGCUUUCAAAUGAGAGCACUUUUCUUGCCUUAAACAUAGACUCUGUCACAGACUGGCACUUAAAACCACUAUGCUUCAUCAAUUUCUAUGAUGGUGAUCAGUGUGCUGGCACCCUUCCAGUCACCGUUUACAAAAUGCCAGACAGUGUGUCAAUGUCUCCGCCGAGUGAAAUGGGCCCUCUGGUAGAGGGGAAAAAAUACCGCAUGCAGUGUGACAUUUUUAAUGUUGCACCAGUGAGAAACCUCUCUGUGCACUGGCACAAAGGAAAUGAGAUAGUCUAUACGGAAACAUUUGACGAGUCCACUGUAACUCCAGUCAAUAAGUCAUCUGUCCUCAGACGGGCGGCCCAUGCAGAUGAUAAUGGAACUCAGAUCUGGUGUGAAGCAACGCUGAAGUUUUUCGGUGUACCAGAUCUCGACCCGAUUCAAUCAAAGUCACAUGGAUUGAUUGUGCUGUACUCACCAAUCUUCUCCAAGCCGGAAAAUGAGACGCUGGAAGCUUCAGCUGAUAGUCAAGUAACUUUAAAUUGCACUGCUAGAGGAAACCCAAUGCCGGAAUACAGCUGGCAAUUCCCACACCCCAUACAACGGACGGACAAGAAACAAAUCAAGAAUCAGCCCAUUUUGACCCCGUCCUUUCAGCUUACAGGGACCUAUAGCUGCACAGCAUCUAAUACCCAGGGCACCAAGACCAAAUAUUUCACAGUCAACGGAGCUAAAAGGGAUCGUACAACCUUUGCUGCCUUGGUUGGAGUAUUUACAGCCCUGGGAGUCCUGCUCUUCAUUGGCGGCCUUUAUUUUGUGACACCCGAAGGAACAUUUUCUCUCUUGAAGGGCAGCUAUCUCAGAGGAAAGCCUACUUCAGGCCCUGUAUGAGGAUGACUUUUUUUAAAUACAAUUUUGCAUGGCUUUUUUUUGGUUUUUGGUGCUUGGAGAAACCAUUUUGUGUCUCUUAAAAGCCUGGGGGCGUGGUCUGUUCUGCAUGGUGAGCUGGUGGACUGCUUGUGCUUGACCUGUAGCUUUCUGAAUACAUAAUCCCAUCAGCUGUCUUUGAAGCUCCACUAAUCAAUCAAUCAAUCAGUCGUAGAACGUGUUAACAUUUAUUGAAGAUAGAAACCUGGCAUGGCUCUCUUAUUUUAUAUGUUAAUGGACUGUAAUGCUGUUUCCUGACUCACUCACUGAUAUUUAGAAUCUACUUUGUGUUUGUUUCACUUUGCGUCUGACUUUGAAUUGUUUUGAAUAUGUAUUAGUAUGUGUGCUUUUAGUGCUUUUAUCAUGUCGCUGUGCUGUGACAGUGGUACUUCUCCCUCCUCCUUUCAGCCCGGUUACUUAGGUCAAUGCAAACACACUGACUGAUUCAAAUUACUGUUGAACCCCCGCCAAACUCUGCAUCUCUGCUGAGCUUAUUAGCUUCUUUUUUCUCAUUGUUUUGGUUUAAUGGUCUAAACAUUCACUGUAUGGUUCAGUCUGAACUGUUCUAAUCAACUUUGUUAUGCACCAGCAGCAGGAAGUGGGUUCCAGCACAAAAAAGGUUAGAUAAACCCUCAAAGAGGUGAUGAAAAUAAGCAUGGAACAGACAAAUAUUUUUGUUGAGAGUUGGUAUUGAUCAUAGACUCAUGGUUUAGACCAAAACAGCUGAAAGGACAAUAUAUAUUGUAGACUUUAGGCAUAAUCCUUAAUAGGUAUGCCUGAUGAUAAGCUAUAGGAGGAGUAAGAACAGGUAUUUCCCUAGCCUUACUGCUUGCAUUUUUGCCUUGUUACGUAUCGCUUUUUCAUUUUACAAGCAACACAAGAUCUCUAACAACUCUGCACACACACAAGACCACAUUUUAAGAAAACAAAUUUGUGUUUUUCUCCACUCAGGUAUAUUUGGUUCCUACUUUUACUAUAUACUGUCCAGGCACUAUACUACAGUUAAAGUAAUUACUUGAGAGUACUCUGAAUGAUGCAGUUUGGCACAAGUUUAGUUUAUUAGUUUAUUAGUUUAGUUUUGUAUGCACUGGUAUGGCCCUGGAAUGUUGAAUUGUUUUUGCACUGAAAAGACUACAAUUGUGCCACAUCUGUGUUGUGCCUACAAUUUCAUAUGAUGAGCUAGUCAGUUGCUUUAUUUAAAUCAUGUGAAUAUGAAUCACCAGCAGUGCCAUACAGUUUAUCUGAUGUAUCAGUAAAUAAGUACUAGAGAUACCAAAUGCUAAUUUUCCAUUUGCAUGCCUUUUCUUAUUGAAUUAAUUGAAAAAUGGAAAGUAAUUUUAAAGGGAAUAUAAUUUAGAAAUGUAUUGUGUGCGUAAGCAGCUUUUGCAUAUACAUCAAUUGUUAAAUAAAGCCAACUUCUCUGUCAGUGACAUCCUGAAGCAGAAUACUGAUAGAGGCAAAGUCAAA